AUGACAUCAAGAUAUAGAGUAGAGUAUGCAUUAAAAUCACAUCGAAGAGACGAAUUUAUAGAAUGGAUUAAAGCACUAUUAGCAGGUCCGUUUGUAUUACAUGCAGAUAUAGAAAGUUUUGAUUCAGAAUUCCCAGAAUUAUAUAAUAUAUCAGAAGAUUCAGAUAUUUAUUUAAAAGAACAUGAAAAAGUUAUUGCAAAAGAUUGUCAAAGAAGAUAUUUAGAAAUUUUCAAAGAUGUUGAAAAUUUAAUUCAACAUACUAUUUUAAUUGAUGAACUUAAUGAUAAAAAUCCAGAAAGAAAUUCAAGUAGUAGAUUAAGAAAUUUAGUUCCUUCAUUAGGGAAAUUUUUUACACCCUUACCUUUAACUGAAGCAUUUUUAGUUGAAGAUGAAAGAAGAGCAAUAAGUAAAAGAAGAUUAGUUAGUCCUUCAUUUAAUGAUGUUAGAAUGAUUUUAAAUACUGCUCAAAUUAUGGCAUUAACUAAAAUUUAUAAAGAUAAAGCUAAAGCUCAUUUGAAACUUAUAACAUUCGAUGGAGAUGUAACUUUAUAUGAAGAUGGUCAAUCACUUAAUGAAAAUAGUGCAGUUGUAACAAGAUUAGUGAAAUUAUUAAAAUUGGAUUUAUUUGUUGGAGUAGUUACAGCAGCAGGUUAUCCAAAUCAAAGUGGAGCAGAAAAAUAUCAUGAAAGAUUACAAGGAUUAAUAGAUUAUUUCAAUAGUGAAAAUUGCAUAUUGAGUGAUAGACAAAAGGAAAAUUUACUAGUAAUGGGAGCAGAAUCAAAUUAUUUAUUUCGUUAUAAUAAUGAAAUGAAAGGUUUAAAAUUUAUACCAAGUGAUCAAUGGUUAUUACCACAAGUUAGAAGUUGGGAUAAUAAUAAGAUAGUAUACAUAAUGGAUACAAUAUAUCAACAUUUACUUCAUUUGAGAAUGAAAUUUAAUCUUGAAUCAACAACAACAAUUAUUAAAAAGGAAAGAUCAGUAGGAAUAAUACCAAAUGAAGGUCAUAAAAUUUUAAGAGAACAAUUGGAAGAAAUGGUAUUAAGUUGUUCAAAUAAAUUAAAUAUUAUAUUAAGAGGUUCAAAAACAUCUUAUUCUGAUUCAAAUGAAGCUUUAAUACAAUUAAGAGAUAUAAAAGUUUGUGCAUUUAAUGGAGGUAGUGAUGUAUGGGUAGAUAUAGGAGAUAAAGCUCUUGGUGUUGAAUCCUUGCAAAAAUAUCUUUGUCAAGAUCCAAGUAAUGAAUUUUGUCCAAUAACAAAAGCAGAAAGUUUACAUAUUGGAGAUCAAUUUGCAAGUUUAGGUGCUAAUGAUUUCAAAGCAAGAUUAAGUGCUUGUACUGUAUGGAUUGCUAAUCCAGCUGAAACAGUAGCCAUACUAGAUGAUUUGAUAAAUUUCAUCGAUGAAGCUUGA